AUGUUUGGCAUCCAAAAUAUAAAGAAUGGAAUUAAACCUGGCCAUUUUCUAGGCUGUCGUAAUGUCUUAUUGUUUCUUGGGCAAAAAACUUUUCGCAAAGAACUAUCAACUAGCUCAAUUUUCAAAGGCCCAAACUUUGCAUUUCGCGCAUUAAGACCUGUUUUUCCGAGAACAAGAUUUGGAGUUUCUAAAAGACAUGAAAUAAUUGAAGCAGCAGCUACUACUACUACUAAUAAUCAUUCACUACCAGUCGAAAACAAAAAAAUAAGGUUUAAGCUAUUAAUUGUGAUGGGAGUUUCAAUAGUUGGUGGAGUAAUUCUCUUGAUUUUUGACUAUAGAAGUAGCGAAGCUGAAGCGAAAAAACAUGAAAUUAAAGAAUUAAUAUCGUGUGGACCGACGGGUGGCCCGAAAAAUUUGCCUAUUGCACAACAUUUAACUGACGAACUGGACUUUGAGGUUAAUAAACCACGACUAUUGAUAUUAGGAUCUGGUUGGGGGGCUGUGUCGAUUUUGAAAGAACUUGAAAAAGAUCAAUAUUAUGUAACAGUAAUCUCUCCAGAGUUUACUCCUCUCUUACCCUCAUCUUGCGUAGGAACACUUGAAUCUAGAUCCUUAUUGGAACCUAUUCGCAGUAUAUUAAAAAGAGUUCGUGGACAUUUUAUAGAGUCAAAGGCCGUAGAUAUAGAUUUUGAGAAUAGAUUAGUAGAAGUCAAACGAAGCGAUGAACCUGAUAAACGUUUCUAUGUUCCAUAUGAUAAGCUUGUUAUCGCUGUUGGAUCACAAUCAAUGACUCAUGGGAUUGAAGGAAUAGAAUAUUGUCACUUUCUAAAAACUAUCAAUGAUGCUCGAAGACUUCGGAGAACUAUUAUGAAUAAUUUUGAAAAAGCGUCUUUGCCAAGUACACCACCAGAAGAGAGAAAGAGACUUUUGAGUUUUGUUGUAUGUGGUGUUGAAUUUGCUGGCGAACUAUAUGAUUUUCUGACGGAGGAUCUUGUUAGCUAUUUCCCCGUAGUUCUCCGAAAAGAAGUAAAGGUUACAAUUAUUCAGAGCCAGGAUCAUAUACUGAACAGUUAUGACGCGAAAAUAAGUGUGUUUGUCGAAAGCAAAUUCAGCCGUGACAACAUUAAUGUAAUCACAAAUGCUCGAGUUUCCAAAAUAAAAGAUAAUUGUAUUGUAUACACAGACAAAAGGACUGGGGAAGAAAAAGAGCUUCCUUAUGGAUUAACAUUGUGGUCAACUGGGAUCGCGAUGAAUCCGUUGACAAGAACUAUAUCAGAAAAACUUGACGAACAAAAAAAUACGCGUGCACUUAUUACCGACAAUCGAUUGCGUUUAAAAGGUGUUCCAGACUCUACAGUCUAUGCACUUGGUGAUUGUGCAACUAUUGAGAAUCCAGGUUUAGUUAAACAAUUGGUGCAACUUUUCAUUGAUGCCGACAAGGAUAAUAGUGGAUAUUUAGAUUAUAAAGAAUUUAGCGCGUUGGCCAGCAAGAUUUCCGCUCGUUAUCCAAUUACGUCUAGUCAUUUAAAAAAAGCUAACGAGCUCUUUAAGAAGUACGAUAAAGACAAAAGCGGUGGUCUUGAUUUUGAAGAAUUAAGGGAGAUGCUUCAAGAUAUUGAUAAAAAAUUAACUUCGCUACCAGCUACUGCACAAGUAGCGCAUCAACAAGGAAAAUAUCUAGGCAGAAAAUUAAACAAAUUGGCACUUGCUGAAAAAACAAAAAUAAUUCCUGCAGAUAAUGCGGAUAUAGACCGUGAAAAUCCUUCGCCUGAUUUAGAUGACGUGUUGCCACCUUUCCAUUACGCUCAUCUGGGGUCAUUAGCAUACAUUGGUAAUGCUGCAGUGGCAGAUUUUGGUAUGGGUUGGACUUGGAUGGGCGGCUGGACUGCUGUUUAUUUGUGGAGAAGUGUUUACUUUAGUGAGCAAGUUUCUUUUCGUACUCGAGCUUUACUUGCUUUGGAUUGGACAAAGCGAUACAUUUUUGGAAGAGAUAUAUCAAAGUUUUGA